UAGCAUGGCAAAUAAACGAGGUCACCAAGCAAAACGACCACAAGCUGGAUUGAGGAGUAGUUUUUACAGACUUACCUUUCCAGCGCUUCAUAUCACCUUCACUUGGAUUAACACUUCUGUGGACUUUGUAUAUACACCGGUGGACACUUUCACAUUGGGACUUUCAGCACGCUACUAGGACUCUUAAGGACUGUUUUAGGGUAUGGUGCUAAUGGACCCCAUGCUUUUAAACAGCUUAAGUUAUUCUAGUUUUAUUGUGUUGUUUUAAGUUCCAUGUGGAAAUUGUAAAUACACUUUAUUUACUUUAUUUCUGUCAUCUGUCUCAUCUUUUUUAAACACUCCAAAAGCUCACACAGUUUAAUCUGGCCCCAUUUUAAAUACAUGUAAACUAGACCGAUUGGGCCGAUCGUUACAACUUUUGAUAUAAUUUUUACUAAAAUUGUAUAUUUUUAAAGUGUCAUUAAUGUAAAAUACUAAAUCAACUAUUCUAUUUAAAAUUUUAUUUUGACAAUUUAGUUGAAUAAUUGAAGACAGAUGACAGACAGACGAAGCAGAGUCCCAGUAAAAGAGAUUUAUUUGAAAGGUAAAUAUAUUCUAUGACUUAUGUACAGUACAGAUGUGGUAGAAAUUCCCCUAAACACCUAACUUAAGUUAACCCAGGUGUCCCCAACACCUGCAAUAUUAUCCUCAAGUGACUCCCACUCUGACUGCGUUGGUUGACGCCUAAGCUUUUCUGACCACAUAGAUGCAUAAGAAUUAUAGCUAAGCUAUCUGACCACAUCAAUAACCCCCAACGCCCAUGAAGGUUAAAGCUAAAUGGGCAGAAAAUGUAAUAGGAGGCUCAUUGUGCAUUAUGUAUUGUGCCAAGUUUUUUUUCAAAAAAAAAAAAAGAAUUCUACAGUAAAAACUGCUUGAAAUUUGGAUUUCGUUAGAGGAGGAGUAGCUCUAAUAUAAUGGGCUAAUGUCCACUUUAAUACACCCUCUAAGGCUGCAGAGAAAAAGCACUGGGCAGAAAAUGCAAUGUGCAUUAUGUGCCAGGUUUAAUGGCUCAUAAAAUAAAAAUUUGACAGUAAAAAGUCCUGAAAAUUUGUAUUUCGUUAGAAUAGCUAUAUAAUACUAUAAUGGACUCAUGUGGUGCCACUCUGUGGUGGCCGAGAAAUGCGCCACGAAAUGGGCUGAAGCCGCAGUAUGGCUCAUUAUGCAAUGUGUAAUGUGCCAAGUUCAACAGUUCAUAAAAAAUAAUUCUACAGUAAAAAGUGCUGAAAACGUCUCGGGUUACUUGACCCUGUUCAAACAUGCCAAAAAUUUGGCUUAAAUAACCUCUGAUGAUGACGUCAUCGGAAUGCGCAUGUCAGAGGCUUAAAAUAGACAGGUGCGCUCAUCAGGUCACUUUGUCUGAAGAACGUCCUAGACACAUCUUUAGAGGCGCUGAUAAAGUGCUAUGGGAACGAGAAUACCAACGCUGCCGUACUGGAAGUGUCUGGACCUCUCAAGGUUGUGUAGUGUGUGUGCACAAACACGAGAAAGGCCUCAGACAUGGGCUUGAGAUGUCGACUCAAGGACAUGAGAGCCAGGAGUAACAUGAACAUCCAAACUAUAGAAUCUAAUAAAUGUGUGCGGAGAGGACCAACCUGCCGCAUCGCAUACUUACUGCAAGGGGGUGCCUCUUGCCAAAGCCCUGAAGGACGCAACCCCCCUGGUAGAAUGAACCCUCAUGCCUAGAGGCAAAGCUUGACUGCGUUCCUCAUAGGCUAGGGCGAUAGCAUCCCUCACCCAAUGUGACAUAGUCUGCUUCUUGGAGGCCACUCCCCGGUUACGGUCCCCCUGACAAAUGAACAGCUGCUCUGACUUAUGCCACUGGCUUGUGCGGAGGACGUGAACCUGAAGAGCACGAACUGGACACAGUAAGUGGUGUCUCUCCUGCUCCAGUGAAGAAGGCUUCAAGAAUGAUACGAUGCAUGAUCGAAAAAGAAACCUUUGGAGGGUGCAAAAUAGCCUUGACUAGUCGUGGGGCAAAGUAUAAGCAGGAUGGGGAAACCGACAGAGCCUGCAAAUGUCUCAAUUCUCUGUUUCCCUAUUGAAACCCCAUCAAUUACAGCAUGGCAGGCUGAGAUGGUGGACACAAAAACUCUGAGAGUAGCAGGACAUGUGUCUGCUGACAGCUUCUCCUGCAGAAACUCCAGCACUGAAACAAUCUGGCAGUGAACUGGGUCUGCAUGAUGCAUAGUACACCAUCUUUCAAAGACGAGCCACUUAAGGGUGUACAUUCUUCUAGUGGAGGGAGCCCUGGCACUCAGAAUAGUCUCUAUUACAUCCGCUGGAAGUCCAGUAUCUCUUAGCCGGUCUCCCUCAUGGGCCAGAUGAAGGUUCCACAGCUCUGGCCAGGGAUGGAGUAUCGUCUCCUGCGCCUGAGACAGGAGAUCCCCCCCUGCUCUGUACUGCCCAAGGCGAGCCGUCAUGGAGAGAUAUUAUUCCUGAGAACCAGACUCUGGUUGGCCAACGCUAUCAACAAGAGGCAUGCCCCUUGUUGACGGACCUUGGCCAGGACUCCCGGGAGCAGAGCGAUCGGAGAAAAUGCAUAUAGACACUUCUUGGGCCAUGCAUGGGCCAUGGCGUCCAGACCCGGGGGGGGCAGGAGGAUUCAGUGAGAAGUAAAGGGGACAUUGCGCUGUUUCCUGAGAAGCGAAGAGGUCCACCUCUGCUUUGUAAAAUCUUUCCUAGAUCUGACUGAUCAUAUCGGGAUGGAGCUUCCAAUCCCCGUGUUUGACCUCCUGUCUGGACAGUAAAUCUGCUCCCACAUUCAUGCUUACAGGAAUGUAAAUCGCCCUGAGGGACAGGAACUGAAAACAAAAGCUGCUGCGCUAGUUUUUUCAGACCGCACAAACGCAGUCUGCCCUGGCGAUUUAUAUAAGCGACUACCGCCGUGUUGUCCACCCACACCAGGACAUGCCGGUGUGGGUUAAUUGCCAGAGGAAGUAUUUCAGGGCCAGAAAUACAGCCAUCAAUUUGAGGCAAUUGAUGUACCAAUCGAGAUGACGGCCUCUCCAGACCCCUUGGGCUGGACGGCCAUCUAAGACCACUCCCAAGCCCAUCAGGGAAGCAUCUGUUGUUAGCAUCUUGCAGCGACAACAUGCUCCUAGUGUGGAACCCAAAGUGAGGAACCGAGCCGCAAUAAAAGGGUAUGAAGCCCGCAACGCGUAACCCUUAUUCACCGCAGGGGAUUGGCCCUCGGAUGAAAUCCCCCUAGCUCUGAGCCACAACUGAAAUGGUCUCAUGUGCAGAAGGCUUUUCUUGGCAUUGAGCCUCAACCGCAGGGUUUGAAGAUGAGCUUGGAUGAUGUCUCAAUGUAGGCUCUUGAGACUGGGCGAGUAUCAGCCAGCUGUCUAUGUAAUUUAAAAUGUGGAUGCCCUGCAGUCGUAAAGGAGCCAGUACUGGAUCAAUGCAUUUCGUGUAUGUAUAGUGUGACAAGGCUAGGCCGAAUGGAAGAACCCGAUAUUGGUAGGCUUCGCCCCCGAAAGCGAACCUCAGGAAUUUCCUGUUGUGGCAGAAUUUCAAUGUGAAAAUACGCGUCCUUGAGGUCGAUCGUGACAAACCAAUCUUUGUGUUGAAUUUGAGACACAAUCAUUUUGACCAUCAACGUUUUGAACUUGAAUGUUCUGAGAGAACUAUUCAAACCGCAAAUUUCUAAAAUCAGAGUUUGCCAUUUUUGAGUCAGCAAAUGCACCUGUUCUGGUUUGGAGGCGUUGAAAUACGGAGGUAUUCUGCCAUGCAAACUGUAUUCUGUAGCCUUUCUGUCAGUUCUCAACACCCAAGAAGCACCAGCCUGACCUGCCGCCUGAAAAGCCCACCAGCGAAGAUGCGAUUCUGCAUGGUCUGGAGGGAAGAACAGGCUUUUUCAAGGAUGAUGCGCUGCCAGGGGAGAGAUAGCCCACGAGUGUCUCUUUAACCUGGGGCAUCAUCUUAUAUGGAUUAAUGUAGAUGGAGACACUUUCUUCAGCUCAUACUCAUUGAUCCUUGCUCACUGCCAUUAUAAAGCUCAGAUGCGUCAGGAUAUUUAUUAAUAUUUCUCAGAUUGUGUUCAUCAGAAAGAAGAAAGUCAUAUACACCUACACUGAAAAAAAUGAUUUUUUGAUGCUGCUCACUUUAUUUAAACAACUUAUUUUGAUUCAACGCCAUUGUAUCAGGUUUCAAGUUUAAAUGUGAUUGAUUCAUGUUAAAUUGACUUGAAACGAUUACUCUUUGACUUAACUUGAUGUUUUCAUAUUGGAAUAACAUGUUUCAAUCAAGUAAACCCAACCAGGACUCAAUCAAACAGGAUUUUUACUUCCCAUCAUGCUUUGCAAAGGGGCUGAACUAGGAGUGUAAAUGUUGAAAUAAAGUGUUAUUUUAAGCAGUUUUUAGGAAGAUGAGAAAAUGGAAAGACUUUUUAAUGUUUACUGUUCUAUUAUGUUGGUAUUUAAAAGUUUCUGUUAAUUAAUAGUUUUAGGGUUACCAUUGUGGUGAAUUGUUGCACUUGUGCUUGAGUUGAGGACCUGCUAACAAACUUUCAAAUUAUUUUAAUAAGAAUGUAAUCACUGUGGUAGUGCUCUGGGUUGCAUUUCCCAAAAGCAUUGUAAGCCUAUGUUGAUUGUAAAACCAUUGCCACCAAUGGACUUAUGAUCAAUUUAGGCUUUACAAUGUUUUUGGUUAAGGCAAUUUAGGAUGCAUCCAGUAUCACAUCUAGAUUUCUAACACAGAACAUCACAAAAGUUAUGUAAAUCACAAAAUUAAACAAGAAGAAUUAAUUGUAAAAAUCAAUGUAUAUGAAAACAAUUUAUUUAUUUAUUGCUUUUUAUUUAUUUUAUUUUAAAUGAACACAAUUGAUUCUAGUUAAUUUAACAUGGUUGAAUCUAUUGGUUUUUACUUGUCUCAAUCAUGUGGAACCACUGUCCAUGAUUGAAUUGAGUAAGUUGGACAUAACUAUUUUACAUAGAUUCUUCCUUAGUCAGUUGUUUUGUCACAACUCAAGGAUUUUGCAUAGAGUAAAAAUAAACCUUUAAUGUUAAUAAAAACUAAGUUGGCUGUGUUGACCCAACGUAAGUACAUUAAAUUGGAAUAACAGAAUUGCAUAAUGCUGAAAUAAAGCAACUUAAUCAUGUGGAAAUCCUUUCCAUGAUUUUUUUAUGUUCGUUCAAAGAGUUAUUUUUUUGAGUGUAGGAUGGCUUGAGGGUGAGUAAAGCUUGGGAUAAUUUUUAUUUGAAAGUGAAUUAAUCCUUUAAGUUAAAUGUAUAAAUUAGUGUACUCAAAUAUUUCAAGUUAUGAACAAUAAAAAUGCACAAAACUUUAAGUUUCUUAAAAAAUUCUCAUUCAACUUUUUUGAGUUCUGACAACUUAAGUUUUACAGUGAAGUAAAUAACUCAUUUGAUUUGCAAGAACUCAAAAUAAAAAAGUUAAUUAACUAAAUCUGUUAUGUUAAUCAAAAUGUAUGAGUUAGCUAACUCAGUACUUCAAGUUAGGAGCAAUUAACAUGCAUGAGUACUACAAACUCAAAACUUGAUAGUUCUGCUUGCUUAAAAUUGGGAACAGCAUAACUCAAAAUAUUUGAUGUAACUCAUUACCUCAAUUUUUUUUGAGUUAGCCCAACUAAUUCGGGUUUACAGUGUAGAAACUUCAAAUUUAAGAGGAGAAUGAGUCUGUGCAAGUUUUCCCCUGACAUAUUGAAAUACUCUGGGGGGUUUUAAUGCUUUAUUUAACAUCACAACUCACAUAACAUAGAAUACUCUGAGUGAAAUACAGUAGAUGCUAAAGUUUUGACAUCACUAUAGGGCAAUAACCUGUUUUUUUAAAACAUGGUUUACUUGAAUUGACAGGUUAUUGAUUUGCACAUAAACUGGUAAAUUGGAUUAGCCUAUUUAAAAAAAAAAAAAAAAGAUUUUUGGUGGUUAUCAGCAUAUUGGUGUGCAUUUAAACAUGCUCAGUGAUCAUGAUUAUUCUAUUUGUAAUUCGUCCUUUGGCUCCUCUGUUCUGACGUUCCAUAGCUGAUGAUCAAAUAUCCUAAAAAAAUCCUUCAAACAUCCAUUUACAUCUUCUGACUACAUGAAUGAGCAGUAAGGUUUAUAAAUUACUGCUGUUGACAAAAACCUCCAGGUCAUGUAAGUUCUUUAGUGCCUUGCAUGCGCUGCACGUCUGAGUUCUGUUCACAGUUCUCAAAGAUGUUGAGGCCCAGCUUUGCCACAGAACAAGAGACUGCACAAGUUUCACAAAGGCUGCGAAUGGUCAUUGAUGCUCGAGGAGGCAAAAUGUGACGAUCUUCUGAAGUUUUCCUGUGAUGUUCUAAAGAAGAAAGAAAGUCACGCAGGUUUGAAACGACACAAGAAGGAUCUGAAUUGGUUUUACACUCUGGCCGAGGAUCUACGGUUCCUCCCAAUCUAGAUCCCACUUGAACUUCUCAGAAGGUUUCACGCUUCGUCGGAAAACACUGAGGAAUCCUUAAUAAACCCCAAAGAGAGAAAUUUGGUGUCAGCCGCUUGCCAACUUUUCAUCAUCAUGACAAGCACCACCAGUGACCAAAAGGCUGUCUCCUGCCCUCUGAUGACCAAACCUCAACGUCAGCGACUGGUCAGCAAGGACGGGCGGAGCCUGAUGCGAGGCAAUGCCCCAGGCUACAGAGAGACGUGGUUCGGUGCCCUGCGGGACAUGUGGGGGACAUGGCUGGCGUUGCGGUGGCGAUGGGUGGUGUUGGCUUUCUGUGGCUCCUUCCUGCUUCACUGGUUGCUGUUCGCAGUGUUGUGGUACCUGCUCGCCCGUGUCAAUGGAGACCUGGAUGUGCCCAACCACGACUCCCCACCGCCUGGCCACGUGCUGUGCGUCAAACACGUGACGGGCUUCACCGCCGCCUUCUCUUUUGCCCUGGAGACGCAGCUGACCAUCGGGUACGGCACCAUGUACCCCAACGCUGACUGUCCAACUGCCAUAGUGCUGCUCGCCCUGCAGAUGCUGCUGGGCCUCAUGCUGGAGGCCUUCAUCACCGGUGCAUUUGUGGCAAAGUUCUCCCGCCCUCAGAAGCGCUGUGGUGGGAUCCUGUUCAGCCCCCAUGCUGUAGUAUGCGAGGUCAGAGGUCAACGCUGUUUGAUGUUCCGCGUGUGUAACCUGCUUCCAAGGCCUCUGGUGGACGUGUGCGUGAGUGCCAUUCUCUACGAAGAACGUGACGAUCAUGAACUCCAUCAAACCGCAAUGGAUUUCACCAUUGAUAACCUGGGGUCACGACCUUGCCCCCUCUUUUUGUCACCUUUGACCUUUUAUCACCCCAUAACUGCAUCCAGCCCCCUAAACAAUGCCCCAACCAGCCAAUCACACUUUGAAUUAGUGGUGUUUCUCACCGCCUCUCAGGAGAGCACGGGUUCUGGCUACCACAAGAGGACGUCCUACCUGCCUGACGAGAUCCAGUAUGGCAGCUGCUUUGCCAGGGUGACGUCCCUGCAUGGAAAAGGCCGGAACAAAACCGAAAGCAUGCGCUAUUUUGACACACAGCCCUGUCCGCUCACACUCCCCAACACACACACCACUGACGCACUGGAGAAAGAACACGUGGUGGUCCAGAUUAACGGGGAAGGCAGUGACCGGGUGGAGUAGCAGUGGUUGUAUUUUUAUGCAAGGGUGUAUGAUUUCAUAUGAAUUCUCCGUUCAUAAAAAGGGCAUUUCAUUUCAUGACACAACCUCCAAUGUAUGACUUUUUUAUCCCAAAAGACAACCUCAGUUAGUUAUGAUCUGUUAUGUCAUCUCGUCCCAUUAGGAAACCAUUUUUGCUGCUAAAUGGACACAAUGAUUCACACUUGCAUCCUUCAGUACUGCUGAACACACAAUGACUGAUGUUUAAGGCCUUGUUUUCAUCUGGAAAUAAGAGGAAUCUCCAGUGUUUUAUUAUGAGAAAUUUUACUGACCAUCUUCACCCUGAAUCCACUGACACCAUCAUGUUUGAGCCCUUAUUUAUUCGGCACCUGGACAUUUUCAUUGUGUUAUCCAUCUGCAUCCGAGUCAGAGGGGCCCAUUUUUAAAUGAUAAAUUAUUAAAGCCCUAUAUGGACAGGUUUCCUCCUUGUCUACAAAGUAUUUUUUAUCAAAAUAUAUGAAUGGUAGAGAUAAUUCUCCCAAAAAAUGAAAACUCUUGUUUCAUGUGUUUUUUUUUUUUUUCUCCAUACAACAGAAGUAGAUAAACACAUUACUAAUAUUAUACAUUAGUCACUGAAAAAAAUACAUUUUGUUGUUGUUGAACUGUACUUUUAAAGUGUUCAUUAACACCCCUAUUAAGUGCCUAAUGACAAAUUUCAAAAAGUCAACUUUCAAAACAAGUCAUGAAAUGGACUUUUAGCUCAAGAGACUGAAUACUGUACUGAACAUUAACAAUGAUGUAAAUAAUAAAGUAUAUAGAUAAAUAAAUAGAUUAUUUACUAGAUUACUUCUGGGAAAGAAAAUUCUCAAUAUUAUCAGUGCAAUGCAAUCUAUGCAAUAAAACAAAAUACAUUAGCACAAUCGCAUUGGUGGCACAACACUGUAUGAUUUUUCCUGUGUAGGUGAUUAUAUAGCACAUGUACUGUCUGUCAAUCAAUCAGGAAAGGCUGAUUAUUAUAUGUAUAAAGCUUGAUUAUUAAACUGUGGAAGGCUGGAAAAGAAUUGUGUAGUAAUUUAGUUUUCUGAAUACAAGCUACACUGAGUGGCAACUGAUCUGUAAAAGAAAUGCAUUUAUUUUGAUAUGUGGAGCACAAAAACUGGAUUAAAAUAUCUGUGUAGACUGUGGUUGUGUUUUUUUAUCCUUAAAGAACAUUUUAUGCCUUUUAUCCCUUCAUACAAAACAUUUUAUGUCUCUUUAACAAUAAAUCUUAGAUAGUUAAAUGCAACUUAUUUCAGCAAAAUACUUUAUUGUGCUUGUUUUGUUGGCCCAUUCCAGUGUUGCCACCUACUGGCAUACACUAGACAUUUCAGACAGAAUAAAUGUCACAGAUAUAUAACAACAAUUAUUCCAUUUUGCACAUAUGGAAUAAAACAGACACAUAAAGCAGCUACAAAAAAUAUUUCUUUGAAAAAAUACAGUGAUUUAAUAGGAUUUAUGUAAUUGGCAUAUUAUGAACAUCUGAUCAAACACAAUCUACCAAAACUUAACAACAAACAUAUAUUUAGGUGGCAAAUAUGUAGGAAAAAAAAGUAAAAAAAAAAAAGAAACAAAA